AUGUCUAAUGAAGAGCGUUUGAGGAAGCUACUGUCUGACUUGGGAAAAGCUACAUUACGUGGAGUUCGUAAAUGUCCAAAAUGUGGAACUUAUAAUGGAUCUCGUGGUUUAUGUUGUAAAAACAAAUACUGUGAUGCAGUGUUUAAGGAACCUGGUGAAAAAAGAAAAUUGUCAACAGAAGCAUGUAAGCUUAUUACAGGCACAACUGCUCAAGUUUUUUCUGUUCGUGUACGUGACAAAGGUCCAGACUACCGUGGGUUUGUUCAGUUACCACUGAUAAAUGCAACAAUUUCGAAUGAAAUGACAACACUCAUUUCACAAUCCACUGCAUUAUGCUUUGUUGAUAGUUGUGAAAGAAGUUUCGAUACUAGUGUUCUUAAAUGUCAUGAAAAAAAUUCGUCCGAUGUGCCUGUUUCUACAUGCCAACAUAUACAAGCAGCCUUAAGAUGUUAUGCAGAAGCACAGCCAUUAACACUAAGGAAUUCUAUUCUAUCAUCUUUAAAUGUAAAUAAUGAAAUGAAGCAAGAGAUUUGGUUAUUGGCUACAGAAACUUCAGGUCCUUUAGUACAACGUGUAUCUAAAAAUAUAAUGGCAGUAAAAUGCAAAGCUUCACCAAAACAUCCAUUAGGCUACCUUCAUUUUUCUCUUUUUGUUACAAAAUUGAAAGAUAGAAUUGAACAUCGCUAUUUUUGUUCUUGUUCUGCAUUUAAGGGUAUAGCAAAAACGACAGGAGAAAAACCAGAUGUAGCACAAUCUUCCCAGAAUAAACGUUGUGUACAUUUUUAUGCCUGCAUUUGUGCAUUUGCUAGUGAUGCAAAACUGUCAGAAGAAUUUAGUUAUUAUAUUAACUUAGAUCAGAAUGAUUUAAGUAUACCAAAACCAUUGACAACAAUGUUACAGAAUAAUGAACAAGAUAAAAUAGUGAAUAAUUUAGAAGUGAUUAAUCAAGGUGGUGUACAACUUGGUGGAAAUACAGUUAAAAUAAUGGAUGAUCAGACAAGCAUAGACUCUAAAUAUAAUGUGCUUAAUAAUAGUCAGUAUAUAUUAAAUGAUAAUAACAUAAAGAUACUAAAUACAGGAACCUUAAAGGUCCUUGAUACAAAUGCUAUAUUAGAUGUGAAUAACAUGAAAUUAAUUGACACCAACACUGUUUCGAGUACAAGUGGUGUGAAAAUAGUAGACAAAAAUACAUUAGUACAAUAUGAUACUGGAAAUUUAUCAAGUACUGAAAGCAGUAGCAUACAACAGCCAACUUCGACAAAACGAAAAAGAGACGAUAAACCAAGCACAAAUACCACAAGUCUGAAUAAUUUAAGUUCAAUAGAACCAAGAAAAGCUAAAACAAAGUUACAUAUUGUUAAAAAAUAUCAAAAUCCUUGUGAAGAUUUGGACGAAGCUAACAUAAAUUUACCUUUUAUUAAAUGGCUUGCAUCAAUAACAGAGAGAAUAAAUCAAACUAUGCAUUUUCAAUUUGAUGGAAAACCAGAUCCCUUAGUAUUUCAUGUGCCACAAAUAUUUUUCGAUUGUUUACGAGAGAGAAUAUCUUGUGGUGGUAAAAAAAAACGUUUGCCAAAUUCAACAACAGCAUUUGUUAGGAAAGACGGUGUUCCGUUAGGUACAUUUACUAAAUAUACAUGGCAAAUUACUAAUAUUUUACAUGUUAAAAGUAUUUUUGAGACACCUCUUAUACCUUUGGAAAUUACCAGAAGUUUCGUUCAAAAUGCAGACGGCACAUAUGAAUUGUAUAAACGGGAGGAAACAGAAAUAGAUCGAUACAAAAAAACCAAUAAUAAUGCGUUAAUUAAGCCCUUAGAAUUAAAAACAUAUUUAAAAGUCGGAAAUACUUCUCCAAAUCAAGUUGAACCAACACCAUUUUUAAUAGAAUGGAUACCAGAUAUUUUACCAAUAUCAAAAAUUGGUGAGCUCAGAAUUAGAUUUGAAUUUGGUCAUGUAAAAAAUGAAACAAAUCAUAGAUGGAGGAAAAUAGCACUAUUAAAAAAUUAUUAA